AUGCGCUUUCCUAAUCUGACGCAAAUGCAACUCGGUCAAUGGGCUCAAAAGGAAUUCAACCUUCAUCACUCAAUCAAGCAAAAAAAAACUGUAUCGAACGUCUUGAAUUCACAGGAAAAGGUGACCAAAGCUUACGAAGGAGGAAAUUUGAAGGGAAAAAGCAGCAGAGCCUUGACGAUGCCACAAUUGGACAAUGACAUUUUGGAGUACAUUCAAGCUAUGAAUGCAAAAUCACUUCCUGUCAAUUGUGGAACUAUUGCAGCUUUUGCAAAAAGAAUUGGUGUCAAGUCAAGACAUUUAUAUGGUGAAAAAAGCUCAAUCGACUUGACAUCAUCUAAUAUUGUCGAAGAACUCAGAAAGAUUGAAGAAUUGUUGGAGCCAUAUGAUUCCAAGGAUAUUCUCAACUUUGAUGAAACUGGCUUAUACUACGAGCAACAACCAACUCGCACCAUUUGUCAGGAACCUUUAGAUGGAUCAAAGAAAAGCAAGAACCGAUUCACAGUUGGACUAAUCACCAACUAUGAUGGAUCCUAUAAAGGGCACCCCAUUGUAAUUGGGAAACGAAAGACACCAAAGGCAGCAAACAAAAAACCUGCUUUGAAGUACGUAAAACGUUUGAAUGCGUCUUUCGUUUACGCCGGAAGAAAAGUUGCUCUCUUGGUUGACAAUGCUUCAGUGCAUAAAUUGAAAGAAGAAUUCAGCAACAUUAAGUUGAUUUUCCUUCCAGCAAAUACAACAAGCAAGUUGCAGCCUUUGGAUGCCGGAAUCAUUGCGAACUUCAAGGCUCAGUUUCGUUGGCACCAAUACUACAGGGCAGUGAACAAGUAUCUUGCUGGGGUAAGCCUUGAUCUUACCGAGGAAUACAGAAUGGAUGAGGUGGAUGCUCUGUAUUUUCUUGCUGAUUCUUGGAUCAAAGUUAAGCCUCAAACAAUCCAAAAUUGCUGGGAUCAUACGAAGAUCCUUGAUUUUAAGUUUGCUCAGAGACAGAGAGUCGACUCGGAGGAUGUACUCCCAUCUUUCGAGCUACCUUUAGACGAUGAUCUAGUCAGGCAGUUGAACGAAAUCAUCCCUGAACUUCCUGGAAACAGAAGUAAUGAUGGGGGUUCAAUUGGUAAAUGA